CCUCAGGAGCUGUUCUCCCAGCUUUGUUUGCUCUCAGUGACAUGAUGCCGGCUAACAGCAAACCAAGCGGUCUGGACUUCUUACUGGCCUUCAAUGUCGGCAUUGAGAUCCAGGGCCGUCUGAUGAGGUUCUCUAAUGAAGCACGCUGCAUUCCCAAGAGGUCAGUGCCUCACAGCACAAGUCAAGCUUGAACCAGAAAGUCUGGUUUUAGCACGAUCUUCAUGAACACGUUCGUUUAAAGACGUCCUUGUUUGACUGUGCUGAUCUCAGCACUGAGGUGUAAGAGGCCGUUUUAGUGAUGUCAGUGUAAUGAUGCUUACUGUAGGAACAGCAGGGGCUCUUGGUGUAACGUUAACAGAAUUAGCACAAACCAAACCCUUCAUCUGGUGGGUGUUUUAGAAACUCAGGUGACCUGAAACGAGUCAAAUCAAUUCAUCUUGUUCUAAAGAUUCAACCAAUAGAAACGUUCUUAAAUGGUGAUGCAGAUCAGUGAUUGUUUCAGUCACAACAGAAUAAAUGUCCUAACUGAACUGUGUGUGUGUGUGUGUGUGUGUGUGUGUGUGUGUGUGUGUGUGUGUGUGUGUGUGUGUGUGAACAGGUUCCAUCCUCCCACUGUGGUGGGUCCUAUGGGAAGUGCAGCAGCCUGUUCUCGUCUCCUAUCUCUGGAUCCGUCUCAGUGCAGUCAUGCCUUGGCUAUAGCAGCUUCUCUAGCUGGAGCUCCGAUGGCUAAUGCUGCCACUCAGUCCAAGCCCCUUCACAUCGGCAACGCCUCUCGUUUGGGGCUUGAAGCUGCUCUGCUGGCCUCCAGAGGCCUAGAGGCCAGUCCUCUGGUCUUGGAUGCUGUUGCAGGACUGGUGGGCUUCAGCGCCUUUUAUGAAGAUUAUGUUCCUCAGCCUUUAGAGUCACCUGAUGAUGGUGGACAUGUGUUCCUGUUAGAGGAGCAGGACAUGGCUUUUAAGCGUUUUCCUGCCCAUCUGGGGAUGCACUGGGUAGCUGAUGCUGCAGCUGCAGUCCAUGAGCUCCUUGUGGGACAUGGUCUAGGACAGGUGUCCCCACAUCAGGUCCAGGACAUCCUGCUCAGAGUCCCCCAGUCUAAAUACAUCAACAGGCCUUUUCCCGAGUCAGAGCACGAGGCACGCCACUCCUUCCAGUUUAACGCCUGCAGCGCUCUGCUGGACGGUGAGGUGACCGUGCAGUCCUUCAGCCCGCCCGCCAUGAGCCGCCCAGAGCUGCACUUCCUGCUGAGCCGUGUUCGCAUGGAGCAUCCUGAGGACAACCCCGCCAAUUUCAACCGCAUGUACGGAGAAGUCCAGGUGACUCUAGUUGGAGGAGACAUCCUGAAGGGCCGCUGUGACACCUUCUACGGCCACUGGCGCAACCCGCUGACAAACGAGAGCCUGAGCAAGAAGUUCAGAAGCAACGCAGAGGUGGUGCUGCCAUCAGAGAAGGUGGAGCGACUGGUGGAGGUGGUGGAGGAGCUGGACAGGCUGGAUGAUUGUGGAGCUCUUCUCUCACAGCUGCAGUGAUCAAUAACACUGAACAAUAAGGCAACAAUCCUUCAGCAUAGAAAUAAGAAUAAUAUUAUUUUUAUAUUAAUGUUCUGAAAUGAUCUGCUUAGUGUAGACUGGAAAUAAACACAUUGUCAUGUUUUUCCUCUGGAAUUUUCCUCAAGCUGAUGUUUCCUCUAUUCUUCAAGAUUGUCUUUUGGUAUUGAAUUCUGUUUUUAUCGUAACAAAAUUCAGAUAAAAACAUG